ACGAAAGAAAGAAAGAAAGAAAGAAAGAAUGUCAUCACCAACCAAUCAAUCAGAACUAGCACCUUACUUAAAUGCAAUCUACUCAAUAUCAUCUAACACUUUAAAACUAAUUAGAUACUUACCUGGUUCUGAAAUCUUAUUGCGUUAUAUCAAGUCAUCUCAUCAAAACGAUCCAUUUCGUACUUUACUUGAAAUCUUAUUAAUCUUUUUUGUUAUUAGAACUUGGAGACAAUCUAGAACUAGAGGUGAUGUAGGGACCGGUAAAAACUUUGUCAAAUUGACUCAAAAGGAAAUCGAUGAAUUGGUAUUGGAGUGGAAACCAGAACCAUUAGUAGAUCCACCCUUAAGAUCAACCCAAGCCCUUUCAAGACCACCAAUAAUAAUAGGUCCACCCAUAACUAAACCUAAAAUAAUUUAUGGAGAAGCAGCCGAAAGGUUUAUCCAAAGUCCAGAAAACGAAGAUAGUAUAGACCCAAAAGAUAUUAAAGUAGUUUUGAAUCUUGCUAGUGUGAACUUUGCUGGUUUGAUUGGUAAUGAACAAGUUAAACGUAAGGCGAUUGAACAACUCAGAAGAUCGGGUGUUGGAUCUUGUGGUCCUCCUGGAUUUUAUGGAACUUUUGAUGUUCAUAUGGAAUUAGAACAAGACAUAGCUAGAUUCAUCGGAUUACAGUCCUCAAUCAUUUACGCCCAAGGUUUCUCAACUACUUCAUCAGUAAUCCCAUCGUUUAGUAAAAGAGGUGAUAUAAUAGUAGUAGAUCGCGGUGUAAACUUUUCAAUUCAAAAAGGUAUUCAAAUCUCUCGUUCUACCAUCCGUUGGUAUGAUCAUAAUGAUUCAAGCAGUUUAGAAAAAGUUUUAGAACAACUUAAAUUAGAAGAAAUUAAAUUUAGAAGGAAAUUAAGUAGGAAAUUCAUUAUUACUGAAGGUCUUUUUGAAUCUGAUGGUCAACUGUGUGAUCUACCUAACAUCAUCAAGCUGAAGGAAAAGUACAAGUUCAGGUUGAUCCUGGAUGAGACUUGGUCGGUCGGAAGCAUCGGAAAGACUGGUCGUGGUCUUACCGAGUACUUUGGAGUCCCUGCUACCUCAGUGGAUAUCUUAAUCGGGUCACUAGCCACGAGUUUCAAUUCUGGAGGAGGAUUCUGUGCGGGUUCUAAUGAAGUAGUAGCCCACCAACGUAUCAAUUCAGCUGCCUUAGUGUUCUCAGCAGCAUUACCACCUUUAUUGGCCUCAGCAGCAUCUGAAACAAUCAAAAUUUUAUCAGAAGAAGAUGGAGAAGAAAGAAUGAGAAGAUUGAGAAAAAAUAUCUCAAUUUUUAGAGAUUCAUUAAGUUCGAUUUCAACUGAAGGAUCUUCAACACCAUUAAUAAGGAUCCCAUCACAUCCAGAUUCACCAAUGUUACAUUUUAAUUUAAAAUCAAUUGAACAUGAUGAACAAGAAAACGAAAAAUUAAAUUCAUCAUUAUCAUCUAAUUGGAAACCUAAAUCAAAUCAAAAUCAAGUUGAUUUAAUUUCAAAAGAAGAUUUAUCUUCAUUUGAAGAACAAGAAGAUUUAUUACAAUCUAUUGUAGAUAAAUCUAUCAAAGAUAAAUCGAUUCUAAUCACUCGUACUAAAAAAGUUUGGGAACAAGAGAUUGAUCCUAUGCUACCUUCUAUUAGGAUUUGUUUAUCAGCUGAACUUACUGAAAAUGAAGUUGAAGAAGCUGGAAUGAAAUUGGUUGAAGUGAUUAAAGAAGUUUUAGUUAAACCUUCUAUUUGAAAACAUUACUUUGUGUGUUUUAUUUAUUUAUUUAUUUAUUCGACCUUUUUUAGAUCUUCUUUUUGGUUCCUUUUUCUCAAAUUGGUUGAGUGUGCUUUGAUUUUUUUUGAGCAAAAGUUUUUGAGUUUCUCAAGUUCAAGUUUCUUCUAUAUUUCUUUAUGUUCUAUUUCUGAUGAUAAUGAAUUUCAUAUGUGAUUGUGAAUAAGUU